AUGAUCGAAUCACAGCAAACAUCGGUGCGGACUCCACGUCUCUGCUGUCCAGAGCCUAGUCCGACAUGGGCAGCCACCGACCUCUACACCCUCUCUCACCUCAACUCUUCGACCGCACAUAACAGUGCUAUCUUGAAAAGCACGCUCGACAACUCGGCAGACCAGGGUCUACCUGACAUCUACUCCUCUCGUGCCUUUGCCAAGUUUCUUGCUCUUCAAGCCAAAGCCAUCGACGCAAAGCACUUUCUUGAGGUUGGCACUCUGGGAGGCUUUGCCAGCAUCUGGCUUGCUUCUGAGAAUCCUAACCUCAAGGUCACGACUCUAGAGUACAACCCUCACCAUGCCGAAGUGGCUAAAGAGAACAUCGCUCAUGCCGGGCUCUCUGACCGUAUCACAGUCCAUGUGGGACCUGCUUUAGAGACACUUCCUACCGUCCUUUCCGACAUCGAUACUGGAAAAUUGCCCAAGCUCGACAUGGUCUAUGUCGAUGCAGAUAAGCAGAACAACUGGAACUACGUCAAUGCUGCUAUCAGUGGAUGCAGAAAGGGAGCUGUUAUCAUCGUGGACAAUGUCGUUCAAGGUGGACAAAUUGCCAGUGGGGACGAUCUCUCCGACAAGCCAGAGUAUGUUACGGGAGCUAGAAAGGUGAUUGAGAAUGUGGGCAAGGAUGAAAGGGUCACUGCUACCGUUAUCCAGACUGUGGGAGAGGGCAGUCAUGAUGGCUUCCUCUUUGCUGUCGUCCGGUGA